GGCUGCAUCCUCCGUAACUACCCCGACAACACUCUGAUGCCUGGUGAGAGAUGUACAACGCUCGCAAAGAGCAAAGGCAUCCAUGACCUCACUCUUCGUGAGCAGAGCGUACUUGUAGAUGCUCUCAAAAAUGACUUACUGACCCUCCAACACAUCACUGAUCGUGAUGCCCGCCGAAGACUCUUGUUCUCUCGUGACCCCGUCAUCUAUGGAGAAGCUCCUAGCGCUGAAUCACCCCACUCUCAUGGACGACGUCAGUUCCUCAAUUGUCAGAUCGAUCACAGGGGUCUCCCUCGUCUCACA